AUGUAUGUGAUGAUUAUGAUGUAUGUGGUGAUUAUGGUGUAUGUGCUGAUUAUGGUGUAUGUGGUGAUAAUGAUGCAUGUGGUGAUUAUGAUGUAUGUGGUGAUUAUGAUGUAUGUGGUGAUUAUGAUGUAUGUGAUUAUGAUGUAUGUGGUGAUUAUGAUGUAUGUGGUGAUAAUGAUGUAUGUGGUGAUUAUGGUGUAUGUGGUGAUUAUGGUGUAUGUGGUGAUUAUGAUGUAUGUGGUGAUUAUGACGUUUGUGUAUGUGGUGUUUAUGAUAUAUGUGGUGAUUAUGGUAUAUGUGGUGAUUGUGGUGUAUGUGGUGAUUAUGAUGUAUGUGAUGAUUAUGAUGUAUGUUGUGAAUAUGAUGUAUGUGGUGAUUAUGGUGUAUGUGGUGAUUAUUGUGUAUGUGGUGAUUAUGUAGUAUGUGGUGUUUAUGAUAUAUGUGGUGAUUCUGAUGUAUGUGGUGAUUAUGAUGUAUGUGGUGAUUAUGAUGUAUGUGGUGAUUAUUGUGUAUGUGGUGAUUAUGUAGUAUGUGGUGUUUAUGAUAUAUGUGGUAAUUAUGUAGUAUGUGGUGUUUAUGAUAUAUGUGGUGAUUCUGAUGUUUUUUGUGAUUAUGAUGUAUGUGGUGAUUAUGAUGUAUGUGAUGAUUAUGAUGUAUGUGAUGAUUAUGGUGUAUGUGAUGAUUAUGAUGUAUGUGAUGAUUAUGAUGUUUGUGGUUAUUAUGAUGUAUGUGGUGAUUAUGAUGUAUGUGGUGAUUAUGUAGUAUGUGGUGUUUAUGAUAUAUGUGGUGAUUAUGAUAUAGUAUCAUCUACAAAAGCAGUUAGACCAGGCAGACCCUAA